UGGACCUGCUCUCCUCUAUGGCGAGACCAAGUUUGAGAAUCCGAAUCGGUCGAGUGAAUUCAUUUUGUCGAACAGGCAGAGGGCGCAACGAAAGCUCAUGCUGAGACGAGCACUUCCUCGCUUCUCCUCGCUUGCGAAAGCUUUCUCCUCCUCUUCCUCCUCCUCCGGGGCCGCCGCCUCCACCACCUCCGCUGCAGAUGAGAUCCCCACGCUCUACUCCUUCCUUCAGCCCUCCGUAUUUGCCCUCCGCACCACCUAUCCGCACCAGACCCCCACCCCGCGGUCGCCCUCCGCUGACUCCUCCCUUCCCAUCCGCAAAUCCCUAACCCCAGAAGACGUCUCCGCCCUCGAAUCCUCCCUUCUAUGCGCUGUCCAGUCCCAGCGCACCGAUGACGCUUGGAAGGCCUUCAAGGAACUUGCCUCCCUCGCACGCCCUGUCCGCCCCGACGCCGCCGACGCUCUCGUUGCCCACCUCGCCUCGCUUCGAGACCGCCACAACCUGAAGCGCGCCUUUACCGCCGCCAUCUUCCUUCUCGAGCGCCACCCUGGAGCGCUGUCCCUUUCAUCCGUUGAGCCGCUGCUCCUCGCGAUGGAAUCAGCCAACGUAACCGCUCCUGCCGUAGCCUUCGUCCGAUCCAUGCACAAGAACCGUUUUUUUCCUCCCUUCACCGCCUGGGGGCCCUUUCUGAUCCGGAUCACCAAGAGGAACGGCUGUUUCGACGCUUUCCUGCGUCUGUUCGAAGAAAGCUGCCGUCUUGCGCAGGAUGAGCACAUGGAGUCAAUGAAGCCCGACACGGAGUCCUGCAACGAGGUUCUGGAUGGUUGUUGCCGUGAGCUUGGAUCUGUCGCUGAUGCAGAGAGGGUGAUCGAGAUGAUGUCCUCGAUGGGCCUUUCGCCGAAUUCUCAGAGCUUUGGGUCGCUGGCUUUUUUGUAUGCGUCCAAGGGUCUUAGUGACAGAAUCGAUGAACUGGAUAAGUUGAUCGAUGCAUUGGGUUUCUCGGAUAAGAUGCCAUUUUUCCAAAAUCUGAUAACUGGAUAUACGAAAGCCGACUCUCUUGAAUUAGUUCCUUCUAUAAUAUUGCGUGCUCUGAAGGAGAGGCAUGAUAGGAAUUCACAUCUUUUGGAUCAAGAAACUUACAGAGAGAUUGUGAAGGGUUUUGCAAAUAGUGGCAGAAUCAGAGAUUUGGCAGGGUUGAUUAUUGAAGCUCAAGAAUUGGAAUCAAUACAAAAGUCAGCUGAAGUUGAUUGGUCCGUUGGGUUUGGAAUUGUUAAUGCCUGUGUUGCUCUGGAUCUUUUGGAUAAGGCACAUAACAUUCUUGAUGAAAUGAAUGCCAAAGGUGCUUCGGUAGGGAUUGGUGUGUAUUCACCAAUCCUGAAAGCAUACUGCAAAGAACAAAGAACAGCAGAAGCUGCUCAAUUAGUGACAGAGAUCAAUGCUGUUGGUCUCCAGUUGGAUACAAGCAGCUAUGAUGCUCUCAUUGACUCUUCUAUGUCAGCUCAGGAUUUCCAAUCAGCAUUUUCUCUUUUUAGAGAAAUGAGAGAAGCGAGGAUACCUGAUCUUAAAAUGAGUUAUCUCACUAUUAUGACAGGGUUGACGGAGAACAAUCGGCCGGAGCUCAUGGCUUCCUUCUUGGACACUGUGGUGGAUGAUCCAAGGAUUGAGAUUGCUACCCAUGACUGGAAUUCCAUUAUACAUGCUUUCUGUAAGGUUGGUCGUCUUGAGGAUGCUCGAAGGACAUAUAGAAGAAUGCUUUUCCUGAGAUUUGAGCCGAAUAACCAGACUUUGCUGUCACUCAUUAGUGGCUACAUGUCCGCAGAGAAGUACUUCAAUGUGUUGAUACUUUGGACAGACAUCAGGAGAAAGGACUAUGUAAAAUUUGAUCAUGCUUUGGUGGAUGCUUUUUUGUAUGCCAUGGUCAAGGGUGGAUUUUUCGAUACAGCAAUGCAGGUGGUUGAGAAGGCGCAGGAGCUCAAGAUUUUCAUUGAUAAGUGGAGGCAUAAGCAAGCUUUCAUGGAGAACCACAAAAAAUUGAAGGUAGCAAAUCUUCGUAGGAGAAAUUUUAGGAAGAUGGAAGCACUAAUUGCUUUCAAGAAUUGGGCCGGUCUUAAUGCAUAAAGUUGUUCAUGGGUUGAACAGCCUCGAGUAAUGAACAGGUAAGAUUAAUCUAGUUCACAGAAUCUGUGUCGCAGCAUGCAACACUUUGAUAUCCUGCAAAUGAUUGAACUAUUUAUUUAGAUGGAGGUAAAUCCAUCUCAUUACCAGCAUGUGUUCUGACGCUGCAAAUUUAAGAAGAUUGAAACUAUUAUGGUAAAAUUUGGUGUUUUGGACAUUUGUGUUCAUUCUUGGGCAUCUAUUAUGGAUUUAAAAGAUUAUGAAUGGCAAUUGCCAGUUACAGAAACACAAAAACAAAAGUCCAGGUUUUUUCGCUGGGAAAAGAUUGGGCCAACGAUUCUAAAGCAUAUACUUCAACUGAAAUGGUUCAGAACAGUUUGGUGUUGGACUGAGACAAGCUUGUAAUGUCAUAUAAUCUGAAGCAUCAAUAAACAUGUAACCUUUAGUUGGGCAAAGAUUCAUGUAUUGUUUUUGUU